UCUGCCGUCGAUCUGUCCAUAUUUAAAACAAAAAAAAAAGAAGAAGAAGUAGACAGACAGGCUUACUUAGCUCUUCCGCGUUACCGCAAGGUAUGCCAGAGUAAGAUAACGAGAGCGGAUACGGAAUUUUUAUAUAUCCAUGUAUAUCUAUAUAUUUUUGUAGCAGCACUGUUGUUGAGUAACUUGGAAGUCCAGUCGCGAGGUUGAGGGGGCGGAGAGAGGGGUGUUGGAGACCGUCAGCGGGUGUUUUCAGACAAAGUCGUCAGGGGGGGAGAAAAAAAAAACAACAACAGCAACAACUGUCAGAGAGCAGACUGCAAAUUGCAACAGAUGUUUUUCUCGACCAUGCAGCCGAGUUCGGAAUGAAAGCACCGGCGAGGCGACGGCGGCCUUUCCUGCGGCUCUGCUGCUGCGGAGUCGGGCUGCUUGCGGUCAUCUGGCUCGCCCAGGUCACCCGCGUACCAGAGACAGAGUCCUCGGGGCUUAGGCUGGACGCCGAUGGCGGGCAGCUGGCUUCCGUGCGGAGGCUGAUGCAGGAGAAUACAGAAAACCAGACACUGGAUCACCCCAGAGCAGCCAUCCAUGAGUUUCCAGAGGACAUCUUUACUAAGGAGCAGAGGAAAAACGGGGCUGUGUUGCUGCAUGUGCUCUGUGCUAUCUACAUGUUCUACGCCCUGGCCAUUGUCUGCGAUGACUACUUCGUCCCUUCCCUUGAGAAAAUAUCCGAGAACCUGCAGCUCAGCGAAGAUGUGGCAGGGGCAACCUUUAUGGCUGCCGGGAGCUCUGCUCCGGAGCUCUUCACCUCCCUCAUUGGUGUUUUCAUCACUAAAGGAGAUGUCGGAGUCGGCACUAUCGUGGGCUCGGCUGUCUUCAACAUCCUGGUCAUCAUUGGUCUGAGUGGGAUCUUUGCAGGCCAGGUGAUAGUACUGACAUGGUGGUCCCUGUUUAGAGAUUCCACCUACUACAUUCUCGCUGUGCUGGCUCUCAUACUGGUUAUCUACGAUGCUAAGGUAGUUUGGUGGGAGUCCCUGCUCCUCAUGUCCAUGUAUGGAUUAUACAUUAUCAUCAUGAAGUUCAACUCCCCGAUCCUUGGGUAUGUGAUGCGUCAGCUCAGGGGUCCUAGGCAGUGCUGCCUUGGCUCAGAGGUCCACCGAGAUGAGAAGUUGGGAGAUGAGGCAGCUGGUUGCAACACCUCCAUGGUGCUGCUCAGUAAAGCCCAUGUUCAGGAGCCUAACCCAGUCAUGAUGGUGGAUGAGCUGCUCAUUCUCAACCCCCAUAAACUCUCCUUCUCUGAGGCCGGCUUGCGUGUUAUGAUCAGUCCACACUUCUCCCCUCGCACUAGGCUGUCCAUGGCAGGACGCGUGCUCAUCAGCGAGCGACAGAGGUUAAUUAGGAAUCCCAAGAACCAGUUGGAUGUUGAGGCCAGUGCCAGGCCGAGGGAAGGAUCAGUCAAUAAUAAUAUGAAGGACGGCUCUUGCAGCCUAGAGAAUGGAGGUGGUGCAGAGAGGCAGAUCCCUGAUGGAGCUGGAAUAGUGGAUGGAGACUCUGGAGAGAAACCAGGAGUAGAGGAUUCCCAGCCAGAAGAAGAGGAAGAUGAAGAUGGACCUUUUAGUCCUCUUCAUAUACCAGGUGGUUGGUGUGCGCGGCUGAAAUGGGUGAUCUCUUGGCCACUGGGCUCCCUGCUCUAUUGCACUGUGCCUAACUGUGUGCGCCCAUGCUGGCACCGCUGGUUUAUGGUCACUUUUGUGGUUUCCACCCUGUGGAUCGCCAUUUUCUCCUACCUCAUGGUGUGGAUGGUCACCAUCAUUAGCCACACAUUAGACAUCCCAGACUACAUCAUGGGCAUAACGUUCCUGGCAGCAGGUACCAGCGUGCCGGACUGCAUGGCCAGCCUUAUUGUAGCUCGACAAGGCAUGGGGGACAUGGCGGUGUCUAACUCUAUAGGCAGUAAUAUCUUUGACAUCCUGCUGGGUCUGGGUUUUCCCUGGGCUCUGCGCACUCUCGUGGUGGACCACGGAUCAACAAUUUCCAUUAAUAACAAAGGACUGGUGUACUCCGUCAUCUUGCUGCUGGCUUCUGUCUUCUUGACGGUGGCGAGCGUACAUCUGAACCACUGGAAGUUGGAUCGCCGGCUGGGUCUGGGUCUGAUGUUUCUCUAUGCCAUCUUCCUGGUCUGCGCCAUCAUCUUUGGGCAGAUGUGAGGCCUUACAGUCCAAGGUCAACCCUGUUGGGUCUUCCUGUCAGAUACCACGAUGAGUACCUUUCCUCCCUCAUAAUCUCUCCUGAAGCCAAAAAAAGAGGGAUACCUGCUUUGUGUAUACUAGGUUAGAGGUUAUGUGCUCCAUUUUAGUAUACACUAGGA